AUAAGGGGAGGUACUUCUGGUAACAGCUCUGCCUCUUCUUCCUGAUUUCAGGACAAUAAUAACUGUGCAACAGCCAUACAAUCAGCCAGGCCUUGUCAGGCAGAGUACAUUCGUUCAGGUUGUUCUUCUACUCUAACAGACACAAACAUUCUACAGGAGCAGGCAAGAUGUCUGUGACCAUGACCAAGGCCGAUGGGAUCACGGUGUUCACUGUGACCUCUGACCCUCAAAGUGUUUAUCCUCCUCUGUGUCAAAUCCUCAAAAGCCUUUGCUACAGCCCUGUGUGCUGCUCUGUGUCUCAGCACCUGAGAAGGGUCCAGAGAACUUCUCAGUCAGUACUGGGGGCUCUGCACAUUAUGGUUGGGUUGCUCAACAUCUGCCUUGGAACGAUACUCUUUUGCAGUCUAAGUGGCUAUUGGUAUGGUCCAUUGGAUCCACCCGGAUUUCCUUGUUGGCUUGGAGGAUUGUUUAUUUUGUUUGGCUCCAUUGGCAUUUUGUCUGAGAAGUACCCCAGUCCAUGUCUGGUCAUCGUCAAUGUGAUCCUGAAUCUAGCAGGAGUUGCUUUUGCCUUUACAGGCAUCGUACUCUCCAGCAUAGGUAUGGCAACCAUUUACAUGUGGUGGAUGUGUAACAAUUACGACGAUAAUUACUAUUCAGGCUACAGCAGACAGACUACAACUCCUACUCCUGGGAAGGACAUCAUGAGGGAGAAAUGCUUGGAGGGCAAAGAACUGGCUCUGAUGCUUUUGAGAAGCAUGUAUGCUGUGCUGAUUGUCCUGUCAGCCCUGGAGCUCUGCCUCGCCAUCAGCUCUGCCGUCAUGGCGAUCAAGGCUCUAAAGAGCAGUGAGAAGGGAGAAAAGGAGAAGACUGGUGACCCAGAACUCUACAAAACACUGCUGGAGGAAGUCACCUGUAACCCCACAGUCUGAAUGAAAAUGUAAUAUAUGUAAUGUCAAUGAUUUAGUCAAAUUCAGGUGGUAUGUUUAAAAAUACUUGCACUUAUAUUUUGAUGAUGAGUAUGAUUUUCAAUCGAAUAAUGUGCCUUACGGUCAGCUUGUGUAGGUAAAAGGGAGAUUCAUGAAUGUGAGUGUGUGACAUUGAUGGACAGAUACGUUUUUUGUUUGCUAUUUUACAAUAUUAAGUCAUGUUAAAAAAAAAUUCAUCAAAAUUGUUGACGUUUUGUUGUUUGUGCUUCUGCUGUGUACUUUAUAAUAAACCUUAAAGCCUGACACGAAAAUUGAAUCAGUUUAA